UUCGGAGCUUUAAAAGGUUCGUGACUCAGCUUCCGGUGCAGUGAGUGAGUGAGUGUGAGAGAGGGAGAGAGAUAGAGAGAGAGAUCGCUGACUGAAGAUUUCACUGAGAUCCACUGAAAACCCAUCAGAAAAGAAAAUGAGUGGAUUAAAAUGCACAUAUCUGCUACUGGGGAUGUGUUUGGCUAAUGUUUGGGAGCCUUUGAUGGCCACCAACCGGACCUGCUCCCCAGGAUACCGCAUCUCUGCCAACGGGACGUGUCAAGACGUGGUUGAAUGCGAUGACCCGCUGACCAUGAACCUGCGAUGCGGCCACAACACAGACUGUCACAACACUCCCGGAGGCUUCUACUGCACCUGUAAACGAGGCUACAGAGCUCUCUCCGGAGAGACCAACUUCACCCUCAAAACCUACUGCAAAGAUAUCGACGAGUGCGGGGACGAGGAGAGCCGAGUUGAGCUCUGCGGUUUGAACGCCGAGUGCGUUAACGUGCCCGGGAGCUUCUACUGCUCCUGCCACAUCGGUUACGCCUCACUUCCCGCGGGGUCUUCCCCCUCCGGAUUCAACUGCACAGAUAUCGACGAGUGCCAAGACGAAGCUUGCGGUCCCAACGCCCUUUGCCACAACACCCCGGGAGGUUUCCUCUGCCCGUGACGAAGGCUUCGUCUCCGGCACGGGAGAAAUUAGCUUCAGCGACGCAGCAGGCGCUUGCUGCCAAAGUGAAGACGUUUCCUCGCUUCCGUGCGCGUCUCUGCCGUUAGCUAUCGUGCCGGUUGUUGCUGCCCUCGUCUCAUUGCCGUAUAUCGGAAAUUAAAGUUGAUGCUCAGCGCUCAGUUUGCUCAGA